AUUGCAGGUUGUUUGAGUAGGUUCUGGUUCUGUUGAGCUUCACGGUGGCGGUGGGUAUAUUGGGAACGGUGGCAUUGUCCGGCUCCGCAAUCUGCGUUGUUCGCUAACGGUAGAUCUGCAAAUAACAUGGCUCGCGCCGGCGGCAUCACAAACGCCGUCAACGUUGGAAUAGCGGUUCAAGCUGAUUGGGAGAACCGCGAAUUCAUCUCUCACAUUUCUCUCAAUGUUCGUCGCCUCUUUGAAUUCCUUGUCCAAUUUGAGGCUACGACAAAAAGCAAGUUGGCAUCGUUGAAUGAGAAGCUUGAUGUCUUAGAGCGUCGACUAGAACUCCUUGAAGUUCAAGUGAGCACUGCAUCAGCAAACCCUUCUCUAUUUACCACUUAAUGUUUGUCUGGAUCAUGAUGUUGUAAUUCAGCCUUCCUGUAAGAACCUUCCAACCUAUAUUGUAUUUACAAGUCAAUUCAAUAGAAAAGUAUCUCUGUAACCUCUUGCUUCAUGAUAUAAAUUUAGUUUGUUAUUUGCCAUUUUUGGCUCAUAUA